GGACCCCCAGUCCUCGCGGCCCCGCACAGCCCGGACUCGCCCGCUGAUCGGGAGCUGAGUGAACUGCACUUCCCGGCCUGCUCGGGGCGGCGCAUGCGCAUUACUGUGCCGAUAGGAAAGUCCCGCGUCGUGUGUCUGUGUCGGUGGCCGGCGGCGGGAUGGAAGUGGAGUUCGGUAACUCGGUGAAGUGUGAGGAGGAGGAAGAGCCGGUGACAGCCCCGGGUCCGCUGUGUGCGGAGAGAAGAGGAGAGCGGUAUAUUACGGGGAGUGAGUACUUGGUGAACCUCGCUGCCGUGAAUCCUUGCAUCCUCUGCUCCAUCUGCAAAGGUUACUUCAUCGAUGCCACAACCAUCACAGAAUGUCUCCAUACAUUUUGCAAAAGCUGCAUAGUGAAGCAUUUCUACUACAGCAACAGAUGUCCGAAGUGUAACGUUGUGGUCCAUCAAACCCAGCCGCUGUAUAAUAUCAGAUUGGAUAGACAAUUACAAGACAUCGUCUACAAAUUAGUCAUUAAUUUGGAAGAACGUAAAAGGCAGUACCAUUGUUUGUUCUGUGAAAGAGGCCUUGAAAUCCCAAAGCCAACGGUCCCACAACCAAACCUCACCGGUCGAGGAAGGCCUAGGAAACUGUUGGGACCCGUCUUUCGUAUCCCUCCAGAGUUGGAUGUAUCCCUGCUUCUGGAGUUCAUGGGGGCUCAGGAGGGCACUGGAAGCUUUAAGCCCCUGGAGAAAAAGUUUGUUCGUGUGUCUGGAGAAGCAACCAUUGGACAUGUGGAGAAAUUCUUAAGAAGGAAAAUGGAACUCACUGCAAUGUGUCGAGUGGAUAUUGUAUGUGGAGACCAUAUGCUGGAACACUAUCAGACGCUGAGGGAAAUACUUACUGCCAUUGGGAAAAGUUCUAUUCAGGAUGGUUUGCUUGUUCUUCACUUUGGCCUGGUCCUGUCUCCAUUGGCAUUUACUUGAAGGUAUUCAUGAAAAAUUAUAGAUGUGGACAAUCCUCUCUUGAAGAUGACUUCAGUCUUGGUGCGGGGAAGAUGGAUAUUUUGUACGGGAUGACCCAGUUACAAGA